AUCAAGUGUGGCAGAAGGAGGCUCUAUUAGCCUCCUCACCUUUGCCCAGUGCUCCCUAUGAAUCACCGAGGGACAGUCGCCACAAGGAAGAGGACGAGACAGCAAUGAGAUGGCGAGAAAGCUCAGUAUAUUGGAAAUUCUUCUGAUCAUCUUCAAUAUAGUUGUAUUGGCAGUAGACAUCCUUUUAUUGCUUCUUGUGCUAGAGAACCCUUCAGGUUCCUUUACUCCCGAGUGUCCAAACAUCGCUGUGUCAGAAAGGAUAGACUGUGCACCCGGCCAGGUGGUGACAGAGGAUGUCUGUCGAUGGCAGUAUAAAUGCUGCUGGAAUCCAGUGGCAGAUACCAAAGUCCCUGCAUGCUUCUUCCCCAGGAACUGGGGUUAUGAAGUCACCAAUGUCCUUACAAAUACAAGCAAAGGGUUGACUGCUCAGUUGAAAAAAGUUUCAUCUCCAUCUCUUUUUGGAAAUGAUAUCACUGAUGCCCUCUUGACAGCUGAGUACCAGACAUCCAAUCGUUUUCACUUUAAGAUCACUGAUUUCAAUGAGAUGCGCUAUGAAGUCCCUCAUGAAAACAUCAACCUCAUGAAUGGGACUGCCGAUGAGUCCGUUUUGAGCUACUAUGUAGAGGUCAUCAAUAAACCCUUCAGCAUCCGAAUAAUUCGGAAGAGCAAUAACAGAGUCUUGUUGGACACAGGCAUUGGGCCUCUCCAGUUUGACCAGCAGUACCUGCAGCUGUCUUUCCGACUGCCCAGUUCCAAUGUGUAUGGGCUGGGGGAACACGUACACCAGCAGUACCUCCACAACAUGAGCUGGAACACCUGGCCCAUCUUCACCAGGGAUGCCCUUCCCACAGAGGGAAUGGCUAAUCUUUAUGGAGCACACACAUUCUUCUUGUGCCUUGAAGAUUCCAGUGGGGCUUCUUUGGGAGUUUUUCUGUUGAACAGCAAUGCUAUGGAGGCCACACUUCAGCCUGCUCCUGCCAUCACUUACCGCACAACUGGGGGCAUUCUUGACUUUUACAUCUUCCUGGGGAACACGCCAGAGCAAGUAGUUCAGGAGUACCUGGAGGUUGUUGGACGGCCAUUCUUGCCUUCCUACUGGAGCCUUGGUUUCCAGCUCAGCCGCAGGGAUUAUGGUGGCAUUAAUGGGUUGAGACAGGUUGUAGAGCGAAAUCGUGAUGCUGAGAUCCCAUAUGAUGUGCAAUACUCAGACAUAGACUACAUGGCUGGAAGGAAAGAUUUCACUAUUGAUGAGCAGGCUUACCCGCAGCUUGCAGAGUUUGCUAAGGACCUGCAUGACAAUGGACAGAAAUAUGUAAUUAUUCUGAACCCGGGCAUCUUUAAGGACCCUGACUAUGAGGUCUAUGACAAUGGAAGCAAGAGCAGAGUGUGGAUCAUGAGCUCCAGUGGCUUUGCUGUUGGGGAGGGCUAUCCAGGAGAGUCAGUCUUUCCCGACUUUUCCAAUCCAGCCUCUAUUCUGUGGUGGACCCAGCAGCUCACUCAAUUUUACAAGCUUCUGGAGUUUGAUGGUGUGUGGAUUGAAAUGGAUGAACUGUCUACGCUUUUCCAAGGUUCCAACCACAAGUGUGAAUCCAACAACUUGAACUUCCCUCCUUUCACUCCCAGCAUCCUGAAUGGCUCUCUGUUGGUAGGAACCCUCUGCAUGGACACAGAGCUUUACUCCGGCCUUCACUAUGAUGUCCACAGCCUGUAUGGCUACACCAUGUCAAGAGCCACAGACUUGGCCCUGGGAACUGUCUUCUCUCCCAAGAGGAGCUUCAUCUUAUCACGUUCUACUUUUGCUGGGUCUGGCAAGUUUGCUGCUCAUUGGCUGGGAAACAAUUCAGCCACCUGGGAUGAUCUCCGAUGGUCCAUCCCCAGCAUCCUUGAGUUUAACCUAUUUGGCAUCCCCAUGGUAGGGGCCAACAUCUGUGGCUACAGAAACAAUGUCACAGAGGAACUCUGUAGAAGGUGGAUGCAACUUGGAGCAUUUUACCCACUGUCCAGGAAUCACAAUGGUCCUACAUACAUGGACCAGGACCCUGCUUCCUUUGGCCUUAACUCUAUGCUGUUGGAAUCCUCGAGACAUUAUCUGAACAUCCGUUAUACCUUACUGCCCUAUCUCUACACCCUCUUCUACCGUGCUCACACACUCGGAGAGACAGUAGCAAGGCCCCUCGUACAUGAGUUCUAUCAAGACCCAGCUACAUGGGAGGUGCAUGAACAGUUCUUAUGGGGGCCUGGACUCCUUAUCACACCUGUGUUAUAUGAAGGAAUGGAGCAAGUAAAAGCCUAUAUCCCAGAUGCCAUCUGGUAUGACUAUGAGACAGAACUGGCUAUCCAAUGGAGGAAACAGUUUGUAGACAUGAUACUACCAGGUGACAGGAUAGGGCUUCACCUUCGAGGAGGCUACAUAUUUCCCACCCAGCAGCCAAACAGAACCACAGAGGCCAGCCGGAAGAAUCCCCUGGGACUCAUUGUUGCCUUGGACUAUAAGCGAGAAGCAGAGGGCCAGUUGUACUGGGAUGAUGGUGUGUCUAAAGGCACAGUGGUAGAAAGGAAGUACAUUCUGUAUGAUUUCUCUGUUACAUCUAAUCAUUUACAGGCAAAAAUUCUAAACAAUAAUUAUGUGGAUCCCAAUGACCUCAUGUUUACAGACAUCAGAAUCUUGGGGCUGGACAAAGAGCCAACUGGUCUUAAUGUCUUACUUAAUAGCAAUAUCAUCCCCAUUUCAAGCUACAAGUACAAUGCUUCAGCGAAGGUGUUGGUCAUCAAUAACCUCACAGGUCUGAAACUGGGACAAGAAUUCUCCAUUGAGUGGACUCUUGUAGUCAGUGACCUGGAGAAGUUUAACUGCUUCCCCGAGGAUCCUGCAGUCUCUGAGGAGAGCUGCAAGCAGCGGGGGUGCCUCUGGGAGCACACAACUACUCCUGGAGUGCCUACCUGUUUCUACGACACCAUUCCCCAGUAUGCUGCCAGUAACAUUCAGUACCAGCCCACUGGCAUCACCAUGGACCUGGCCCUCCUGGCAGACUCAACAUCUGCCCGGGCAGCAGCAGCUCCAAGUGUUGUCUCUGAUCCUCUUUCUGGAAAGAUCAGCUCUCUUAAACUGAAUGUGACCUACCAUACAGAAAACAUGCUGCAGGUCAAGAUUUAUAGCCCCACUAACAAGAGAUAUGAGGUCCCAGUACCUCUGAACAUUCCUCCUUCACCACUUGGCUCCUCUGAGAACUGCCUGUAUGAUGUCACAGUUAAAACCAACCCAUUUGGACUCCAAAUUAGACGGAAAAGCUCCAGUACUGUGAUUUGGGAUUCUCAACUCCCUGGCUUCACCUUCAGUGAGAUGUUUCUUUCAAUUUCUACUCGCCUUCCAUCUCAGUACAUCUAUGGCUUCGGGGAAACAGAGCAUGAAUCUUUCAGAAGAAAUAUGAGUUGGAACACGUGGGGAAUGUUUGCUCGGGAUGAGCCACCAGCGUACAAGAAGAAUUCCUAUGGUGUUCACCCUUACUAUAUGGCAUUGGAAGAGGAUGGCAAUGCUAUUGGAGUGCUCUUGUUGAACAGCAAUGCCAUGGAUGUGACACUCCAGCCUACCCCUGCCCUGACAUAUCGCACCAUAGGAGGGAUUCUGGACUUCUAUAUGGUUCUGGGGCCAACACCUGAACUUGUAACUCAGCAAUACACCCAGCUGAUUGGUCGCCCAGCCAUGACUCCAUACUGGGCCUUAGGUUUCCAGCUGAGUCGCUAUGGAUACCAGAGUGAUGAAGAAAUUGCCAGUUUGUAUGAUGCAAUGGUGGCAGCCCAGAUUCCCUAUGACGUCCAGCAUGUAGACAUCGAUUACAUGGACCGGAAGUUGGACUUCACCCUCAGCUCCAGCUUUCAAAAUCUCAGUGUCCUGAUAAAUCAAAUGAAGAAAAAUGGCAUGAGGUUUAUUCUUAUUCUGGACCCAGCCAUUUCUGGCAAUGAGACAAACUAUCUAACAUUUACUCGAGGACAGGAAAACAAUGUGUUCAUCAAAUGGCCUGAUUCCAAUGACAUUGUCUGGGGCAAGGUUUGGCCAGAUUUGCCCAAUGUAAAUGUGGAUGGAUCCCUUGACCAUGAGACUCAAGUUAAGCUAUACAGGGCCUAUGUUGCUUUUCCCGACUUCUUGCGCUCCAGCACAUCUGCAUGGUGGAAGAAAGAGAUAGAGGAGCUCUAUUCAAAUCCUCGGGAGCCAGGGAAGAGCUUGAAGUUUGAUGGGCUGUGGAUCGAUAUGAAUGAGCCUUCAAACUUCGUGGAUGGAUCUGUCAAUGGCUGCCGCAAUGAAAUUCUCAAUAAACCACCCUACAUGCCAUAUUUGGAAGGUAGGGACAGAGGCCUGAGCAGCAACACACUGUGCAUGGAGAGUGAACAGAUCCUUCCAGAUGGCUCCCGGGUCCAGCACUAUGAUGUGCAUAGCCUUUAUGGGUGGUCCCAGACCAGACCUACCUAUGAAGCUGUGCAGGAGGUGACAGGAGAGAGAGGGGUCGUCAUCACCCGCUCCACAUUCCCCUCUUCUGGACGCUGGGCAGGACACUGGCUGGGGGACAACACAGCUGCCUGGGACCAGCUGGGGAAAUCCAUCAUUGGUAUGAUGGAGUUCAGUCUCUUUGGAAUACCUUAUACAGGAGCAGACAUCUGUGGGUUCUUUGGAGAUGCUGAGUAUGAGAUGUGUAUCCGCUGGAUGCAACUGGGUGCAUUUUAUCCAUUUUCCAGGAACCACAACAAUGCUGGGACUAGGAGACAAGAUCCUGUGGCCUGGGAUUCAACCUUUGAGGAGUACUCAAGGAGAGUACUGGAGACCAGGUACUCCCUGCUGCCGUAUCUGUACACCCUGAUGCACAAAGCUCACACUGAGGGCAGCACCGUCGUUCGAGCGCUUCUCCAUGAGUUCACAGAUGACAAUAACACCUGGGAUAUAGACCAACAGUUCAUGCUGGGUCCUGCUCUCCUGAUCAGCCCCGUUCUGAAGAGUAACACAUUUGAGAUAUCUGCUUAUUUCCCCAGAGCCCGGUGGUAUGACCAUAGCACGGGAUCUGGCCAAGAAUCAAUAGGUGAAUGGAAAACAUUGGCAGCUCCUCUGGACCACAUCAACCUUCAUGUCAGAGGAGGCUACAUCCUGCCUUGGCAAGAGCCUGCAAUGAACACUCACUACAGUCGACAAAAUUUUGUGGGAUUGACUGUUGCUUUGGACGAUAAGGGAAAGGCUGAAGGUCAGAUGUUUUGGGAUGAUGGACAAAGCAUGGACACAUAUGAAAAGGGAAAUUAUUUCUUGGCUAACUUUAUAGCAACACAGGACACCUUGAAAAUCCAGGUCAUAUAUAAUCAGUAUCUGAGUAACUCAAAUCCACUGAAAGUUGGAUACAUUGGAAUCUGGGGUUUAAACUCCUCUUAUGUGGCACAUGUUAGUCUUACCUACAACAACCAGCCAUUCACUGAAAACAAUUUCACAAGUGACCCCUACAAUCAGAAACUAACAAUUCAACUGACUGAAAAGAAUAUGAACUUAGAAGAGCUGACUGAGGUUAUUUGGGUUUAUGGAGAUCCUGCACUUCCCACACCAAUGACAACCAGUGUAUUUCCAACAAGCUCUCACGCAUUCACAACCACAACUCCUGAACCAACUACUGAAAGCACUACAACCAGCACAUUUCCUGACAUAACUACACCUUUCCCUACAAGUCCUACUACUGCUAACACUAGUGAUGUGAUUCCAUUCACAACCACAACUCCUGAACCAACUACUGUUGACAAUACAACUAAUACCACAUUUCCUGACAUAACUACACCUUUCCCUACAAGUCCUACUACUGCUAACACUAGUGAUGUCAUUCCAUUCACAACCACAACUCCUGAACCAAGUACAACCAGCACCACAUUUCCUGAUAUAACUACACCUUUCCCUACAAGUCCUACUACUCCUAACACUAGUGAUGUGAUUCCAUUCACAACCACAACCCCUGAACCAACUACUGUUGACAAUACAACUAAUACCACAUUUCCUGACAUAACUACACCUUUCCCUACAAGUCCUACUACUGCUAACACUAGUGAUGUGAUUCCAUUCACAACCACAACCCCUGAACCAACUACUGUUGACAAUACAACUAAUACCACAUUUCCUGACAUAACUACACCUUUCCCUACAAGUCCUACUACUGCUAACACUAGUGAUGUGAUUCCAUUCACAACCACAACCCCUGAACCAACUACUAUUGACAAUACAACUAAUACCACAUUUCCUGACAUAACUACACCUUUCCCUACAAGUCCUACUACUGCUAACACUAGUGAUGUCAUUCCAUUCACAACCACAACCCCUGAACCAACUACUGUUGACAAUACAACUAAUACCACAUUUCCUGACAUAACUACACCUUUUCCUACAAGUCCUACUACUGCUAACACUAGUGAUGUCAUUCCAUUCACAACCACAACUCCUGAACCAACUACUGUUGACAAUACAACUAAUACCACAUUUCCUGACAUAACUACACCUUUCCCUACAAGUCCUACUACUGCUAACACUAGUGAUGUGAUUCCAUUCACAACCACAACCCCUGAACCAACUACUGUUGACAAUACAACUAAUACCACAUUUCCUGACAUAACUACACCUUUCCCUACAAGUCCUACUACUGCUAACACUAGUGAUGUGAUUCCAUUCACAACCACAACUCCUGAACCAACUACUGUUGACAAUACAACUAAUACCACACUUCCUGACAUAACUACACCUUUCCCUACAAGUCCUACUAUUGCUAACACUAGUGAUGUGAUUCCAUUCACAACUACAACUCCUGAACCAACUACUGAAGACACUACAACCAGCAUAUUUCCUGACAUAACUACACCUUUCCCUACAAGUUCUACUGGUAACUCUAGUGAAGUGAUUCCAUUCACAACCACAACUCCUGAACCAACUACUGUUGACAAUACAACUAAUACCACAUUUCCUGACAUAACUACACCUUUCCCUACAAGUCCUACUAUUGCUAACACUAGUGAUGUGAUUCCAUUCACAACCACAACUCCUGAACCAAGUACAACCAGCACCACAUUUCCUGACAUAACUACACCUUUCCCUACAAGUCCUACUGCUGCUAACACUAGUGAUGUCAUUCCAUUUACAACUACAACCCCUGAACCAACUACUGUUGACAAUACAACUAAUACCACAUUUCCUGACAUAACUAUACCUUUCCCUACAAGUCCUGCUACUCUUAACACUAGUGAUGUGAUUCCAUUCACAACCACAACCCCUGAACCAACUACUGUUGACAAUACAACUAAUACCACAUUUCCUGACAUAACUACACCUUUCCCUACAAGUCCUACUACUGCUAACACUAGUGAUGUCAUUCCAUUCACAACCACAACUCCUGAACCAUCUACUGAAGACAAUACAACUAAUACCACAUUUCCUGACAUAACUACACCUUUCCCUACAAGUCUUACUACUGCUAACACUAGUGAUGUGAUUCCAUUCACAACCACAACUCCUGAACCAUCUACUGAAGACAAUACAACUAAUACCACAUUUCCUGACAUAACUACACCUUUCCCUACAAGUCCUACUACUGCUAACACUAGUGAUGUGAUUCCAUUCACAACCACAACUCCUGAACCAUCUACUGAAGACAAUACAACUAAUACCACAUUUCCUGACAUAACUACACCUUUCCCUACAAGUUCUACUACUGCUAACACUAGUGAUGUGAUUCCUUUCACAACCACAACUCCUGAAACAACCACUGUUGACAACACAACUAAUACCACACUUCCUGCUAUAACUACAAAUUUCCCUACCAGUCGUCCCACUGCUGACACUAGUGAUGUAAUUAAUUUCACAACCACAACUACUGAAGAAAGUACUGUUGACAAUGCAGCUAGUACUAUACUUCCUCCAACAAUUACACCUUUCCUUAACAGUACUCUAAUUGUUAGCGCUAGUGCUGUGGUCCCUAUCACAGUGACAGCUAUUGAAACAAGUACUGUGGAUGCUGCAAACUCUACUGUGGUGCCAUGAUGUCACUUAAGGGUCUAGUACAGUGGUUCUCAACUUUGCUAAUUCUGUGACCAUUUAGCAGAGUUCCUCAUAUUGUGGUCAACUGCAACCAUAAAAUUAUUUUGUUACUCUUUUACAACUGUAAUUUUGCUGCUGUUAUUAAUAAUAAUGUAUAUUAUCUGAUAUGUGUCCCCUGUGGAGGUGGAGACUCAUAGGUUGAGAGCCAUUGCUACAAAAAUUUGUGAAUGUACUUAGCAUAGCUUGGCUUCCAAAAAUAGUUUUUGUCUCAUCUUAGAUAUAGAUAGUCCAAGAAUGACAACAACUGUAGAUGUAUAAGGAUGUAUCCAUUCCAAACAUAACUUCUACCAAAGAAGGUAUACAUGCUUAUCCUGAUGUCUGAAUGCAUACCACAAUUAUUUCCUAUGUUAGCUAUUAUACCUAUGGCCUUAUUGGUUAAAUGACACAUAUAUCCAUGGCCUUCACUUGCAAUAUUAGUACCUCAUUACCACACCACACCACAUUCUGUGAGUACUAUUGCUAUAGGUUUUGUGAAAUAGUCCCACUCCUACUGUUUUUUUUUUGGGGGGGGUUACAAGGCCUAAUCCAAUAUUGGAGAGCCCUAAUGAUACUGAAGUUACCUCACUGACAGCAAUUGUUUACAUUGUAGAUUCUUUAACUAAUGAUGUGAAAAGUAGCAUUUUAUUUUCCUAUGGACUUUUUUCCCCCCAAAUAUUCUAUUUUGCCUGUCUAUGCAGUAGCUUACUAACACCAUGGUUGCUUUCAAGGGGAUUCCAGCUAUUGGUAUAGACAUUGAAACUGCUACUAUUAUAGAUGUUUAUAAAUCUCAACUUCAAUCACUGAAGUCAUUAAAUUACAGACAUAACAAUUUUACUAUCAAAGAAAAUACAUAUAAGAUUACAGGUGCUAAAAAUAUAAGUUCCCUAGCCUUGCAAUAAUUACUCUGAUAAGUGUUAGUAACACUCUACAGCUUUCAUAAGCAUAUUGAACAUUCCUCAUCUCAAAUGCUUGGUACUAAAACUGUUUCAGAUUUUAUAUUCCACAUGUCUGAUCAUUUGCAUCUACAGAGUGAUAUAUCAAAUCCAAACAUGACAUUCAAUAAUGUUCAUGUAUACUCUAGACAUAUAGAGCUUGAAGAUUAUUUCAUAUAACACUUAAAGUAAUUAUAUGCAUAAAACAAAGUUCAUGGUGUGAAGUUUUCCACUCGUGGCAUUAUGUUGGUAUUCAAAAUGUGUUAUAUUUUUGGAUUAUGAAUAGUCCUACUCGAACUUCUGUUUAUAGAUACCAAACUGCUCUAGAAUUUUGAAAUCACUCUUCUGAGCUAGUUUUGGGUCCUCACUGUUCCUGCAAAUGACUAACUCCAAUGUGCCUACAAACUAGAACUUUCCCAGACCAAGGUAUGACUAUAGUCAGAACCCCAGGAGGCAGUCUAUCCUGGAUUGGAGUUUCUGGUCACCUAUUCUUUUACUUUGUUGUUUUAUUGUCAAGUCUCUCCUUUGGUAUGUUAGAGUUUCCUGAAUGGUUCUGAUCUCUCAUAAACAAAUUUACCACAAACCUUUGAUCUACUACUUUCUUAGAUCACUCCUUAACCUCAUCAGUAGACUCACAGAUAUUACCCAAUCUAGCCAGUUGGGCACUAUUGAAGGUUUGAGCAGUAUUCUCAAAAUGUAGUUAUGAAAUCUGUGGGUGCACCAGACCAUUUGUAAAGUUAAUAGCAUAAAAUCUGUUUUCAUAAUACCAAGUUGUUAUUUUUCUCUUUCACUCUUGUUCUCUUACUGGUACAUAGCGACAUUUUUCAGAGACUCAAUGUGGCAUUGCAAUAGAUAAAUAUAGAAGCAGCAUGAAGGUACUUUUGCUAUUAAGAUAUUGAAAAGACUCAAAAAACAACACAAUACCAUUCUUUUACUCUUUGUUUUUGCCUUUGAAAAUAUGCUUAUUUUUCACAAAGAUAUUAUUUAUGUUAACAUGUAGUAGACAUAUUGUUAUUUUUAAUUAAUGAAAAUAAAUAUUUAUAAAAUA